GUGUGCUGCUGCAGAGCAAUGCGUAGGAGUAGCUACGAUCUCUCCCACAAACAAUUACACUAGAUACACCUACCGCAACAAGGAUUUGCCUUAAUUUACGGAUGGUGAAAUUUUCUGUCGAGUUUUUAUCGAAUAGUAAUUGUUUUAGUUGUAAGAAAGGACCUAAAGACUCGUGUUUCCUCGAAGCUAUCAUGCUGAACACAGAGGAAAGUUCCUGGUUAUCGGGGUCUCGGCUGCCCUGCUCCAUCCCUCAGUCUCCGGGGCCUCUGUGGUGUUCCGAUGCCCCUCACCCACAACUGAAGAUCCCGGGUGGGCGAGGGACUGUCAGGGAUCACUCUCUCGGCGUGCUACUACACAAGGAUGAGAAGUUAACGGUGACACAGGCAACUCCAGCGAGUGGAAACCCCUCUUUUCUCCGCUUCCACUACCAGCUGAAUGAGCGCCGCUCUGCCUUUUGGGAUACGGUUCUAUCAGGAGACAGCCUCUUCCUGGAGAUCCCUGCCGGGCAGCUAGUGGAGGGGAGCAAAGAGGGGCUAACUGCUCUGCUGGAGUUUGCAGAAGAGAAGCUCAAAGUUAACUACGUGUUCCUGUGGUUCCAUAAAAACAGAGAGGAUCGAUUGUCCAUUAUCAAGACGUUCCACUACAUGGGCUUUGAGAUUGUGAAGCCAGGCCACCCCAUGGUACCGGCCCGGCCUGAUCUGGCCUUUAUGGUUUACUCUUUGGACAACAGCAGCUCAGACGAGGAGUGACUGCCACACCGUCUCCUGACACCUCCCUCUCCCACCCUUGCCUCCUCCCUCCCCCUAUAGAAACGCGCCUUCUACCCGUUUUCUUCCUCAAGCAAUCGAACCGGCCUUGGCUCUUGCUCUGUCAUAAACCAGGAAGGUGUCACCAGUUUUAUUUUAUUUUUUCCAUAGACUUGUGAUUCAAAGGGGGUUGUUUGGGAGUGGUAGGAUGUCCAUGUGAGGCAGACAACCCCCCUCCUUCCCCCUUUCCUCGAGGAUAUUUGCAGAUUGGAUAAACGGGGAGUGGCAUACUUUGAACUAAGCCAUCACAUGCAUCUUGGGAUUUUGGCUUUUUUCUUUUUUUUUUUUCUGCGUAGUUGUUUCUCUCUUGGCCACAUCAUUUUUUUUAUUUUUUUUUUUUUUGUGCUGCCAACAAGACAAACAGACAGUUUGACAUUCAGGGGAAGGUGGUGUUUUACAUUAAAAUUCAGCACAUCUCUCCUCUGACAGCAUCAACCUUUUUAUAAAAAAACAAAAGAGACUUUGGAUUGUUUUUGUGUGCUUUAUAUCAUGUAAGAUGUGUUUGGUUGAGAAAAGAGGAAAUUAUGGGUUUGGUAUGGUCAAUAAAAUGUAUUUUUUCAUUAUAAUAUGGAUGGGUGAAAGCCUGAUCUGUUACAUUUAACAUUAAAGCACAUGUAAGCAUUUCUUUACACUUCUUCCUGAUAUAAGGCAUCAUUCCAGCACAUCAAUCACUCUAGGGUUGUUGGCUCUAGAGUGUUUUUUUAUUUUAUUUUUUUUGUUAGCUUUAUUUAGCCUAAAAAUCACUCUAGCCAUAGAUGUGGAAAUGCCCUGUUUAACCCUUUGACACUGUCUCUCCCGACGUGUCAAAGCUAAGAAGCAGCCUGUAUGUUGAAUGUCACAAAAGGGUAGCUGCCAGCUGGCUGAGAAAAACGCCUUCUCUCCUACUCCUCUGCGCAAUAAUCAACCUGUCAGGCUGACUCGGAGUUAUUGACGAGCUAUAGAGGGGGACGGCCUCGCUUUUCUCUUUGCUCCUUACAAAGAAACAAACGGGUAAGAGUUUGUUUUUGUUUUCAAAGAUCAUAAGCUGAAUAAUUGUUAGUGUGAGAUGGUCAGGCUUAAAAAGAAGCGCCACUUACUGUUACAUUGCAUUAAAAUGUAUACAUGAUGUAUGAAACUAGAUAAGCUUUAGCCCCAGUUUGUGCCCCAUGUAUUCUCAUUACACACCCUCCUAUUUUGUCUUUUGACCCUUGUGUUGUUUUCCCGUCGACCAUGAAAAAAACACUAGUUUUUGACGUUUUCAUCUGGUGUUUUUUUUUUUUUUUUUUUUUUUCAUCGUUUUUGUUGCUUUUCCCAACGUGUUUUUUUUUUUUUUUUUUUUUUUCUACAUUUUUGGUGCUUAUUUCGACAUCCCAUAUUUUCCGAUUUAUAUACAUUUUUGUUUAAAAACGGGUCAGAUUUCACCCGAGGACAACAUGAGGGUUAAAUAUAUAACCUGUUGCAAAAGCCCAACACUAAUUGUGUUAUCUGAAGGUGUUUCCAGGAUCUUCAAAUGCUCUUAUAACCAUUUGAUAACAUAAGUUUCCUAUUCAGGUAGCUGGAAAUGACAUUAGGUCCUUGCUUGCUCUGUACAAGAAACACGUUAUGUAUGAAAAUACAAAACUAUACAAUUUAAGAUAAAUGUAGGCACAAACUGGGGCUAGUGAAGCUUCAUUCAGUCCUGUAGAGUCAGCAGUACUGCCCCACACCAGUUGAAAGCUCGAUUGAAACGAGGCUUUUUGUGCCUAAAGAGGAGAGUGCAAUGUUAAUAUUUUUUUACUCGAGUCUUACUGAGAUGUGUCCAUUUUUUUCCAUAUUUCAUCCCAUGCAGAUUCAAACCUGUGUGAGGAAGAGUUUAUUGUAGAUGUACAACAGGAGCACUUGUGAUUACCAUAUAUGCAAUUGGAGUUUUAAAAAAACCCCGGAGGAAUCUUGUGCAGUUUUUUUUUUUUUUUGGUGGUUUGAAGUAAUCUUAAUGAAAAAAAAAAAACGCCAAAGAAUCCAUUCUGUCUGUAACAUGCUGUCGAUUGAAAUCCUCUUUCAAUAUUCAGCUUAUUUAAACCUAGUAUGGUAUGUAUGUAAUGCAAUAUUAACCUACAUUCCCCAUGGCAGCCAUACUACCUGUAACACCUAAAAUAAACAUGAUCGUAGUCUGUUCCAUAUUGGUGAUGGGAUGCGGUGGGGGCCUUUUUCUUCUGCAUGUGUUCAGAUCAUAUGAGUCUUCAUUGCAUCUGACUGAGCCCUGGCAAUGAGCUGUUAGGAAAUGUCAAUAUAUGGAUUUUCUCAGAGGUAUAUUUUUAUGUAUGUAUAUUUCUCAAAUGUUUACUGUGAUAGUUUAGGGAUUUAUUUUUUUGUUCUCAGUGACAUAGUUUCAAUAACCAUUCAAUGACAAUCCACACUUGUAUACUUUGGAAUUUUAUGUCUUGGGGGGGGGCAAAAACAAUAAAGGUUAUCUAAAUGGGUG